GUGAAGGGCAGUUUUCCCAUGCUACCGGGCGCGUCCACAGGUUGCGGAUAGUGGAACGUCCAGGGAGGCUCUCUGGACAGUCGUGAAUAACAAUCAGAGACUUGUCUCUGAGCGGAAUAAGCGAUCGCGGACAAGGGAAUCAAAAAACCCGAAACCACAAUGGAAGAGAGUAAUAUAAAUAGAUAUACCCCAGGAGGUAACCCAGAAAUGGGGAAUCCUUCCACUUCCUUGGAAGUGGCUGAGCUCCGAUCGGAUUCUGGGGGGGGCUCAAUAUUACUCGAUUCGGAGCCGACAGUGGAACACUUGGCUGUCGGAACCACUCUACAAGCAUCAAGUGGAAAAAUGGAGAUUGCUACUCCUGCAGGCGGGGCGAGUCCGAGGAGCAUCUCUUCUCGGCUGGAGAAGGUACAGAUCGACAGGGCGACCGAUGACGAGCAAUCUGUUUAUGUAGCACUGAACAGACCACUUUGGGCCAUAUGUAUUGCAUGCGUUGUAAUAGCAUGCUCCAGUAAACACGGAGGCAUCGGUAAUCAAUUAUUCUCGUUCAAGGGCUGGAUUCCUCUAGCAGGUUCACAUACUGCGCUUAUCUUAUAAAUCCAGUCAUCAUACAUAAACGUUCCCGGGCGCCCCCAUAAGGCGUAGAGUUACCAGAGUGGAGCGUGGAAAUGAUCUACAAAUAACGUUACGAGUAGGUACCAGGUAAAAAUACUCUACAUUUAAAAGACGUAAAUGUGAAUAGCGUCAUUAAGAGAAAGUUUAAAUUUUAAAAAAUUUUUAGAUACUGUAUCUCAAUUUACUAAUUUCUUAAUUAGCCUGUUUCGUCAAUUCCGACGAUUUGGUUAACAUUUAAUGAGGCAUUAUUAUAAAUAAUUUAUUUAAUUAGGAAUAAUUAACAAAUUGUUUGCUUUUUAUUGGACUGUAAAGUAGAGUGAACGGAGUAAGCUUCAGGAUUAGGGUUUGAACAAAAAUGGAAACGUUACGCAUAUUAUCGCAAAGAAGUUGUAAAUCAUAUUAAUAAAAGAAGAUAAUGAGUAGUAAAUGACGUGUGGAAAUUUGAGAGUCUGUGACGUUCUUCUUUAAAAAGAGAAAAAGAAAAAAGAAAUAUAAUAAGACUUAUUACUACUAUUACUUACUACUCUUAUUACUUAUUGAAUUAACAAGCAUAUCAUUAUAAAUACCGAUUAUUAUAUUACGCAUUUCCGAGUAAAUGCAUCAGAUGCAAUAAUAUUGGCUUCCAGUAUAACGAUUUUCUUCUGCUGGUGCUUGUCCUUCAUCAUCGCCAAAUGCUCUAUUAAUGUAAAGAGGCAUUCAAUGGCAAGUACGUCAUCUUCUGGAUAUUCGGAGGUUUCUGCAUCAUUAGUAUUCUUUUCGUAGUAUUGUUGUUGCCCGAAACGCAAGAUCUCCAGCAAAUUCAGGACGAACUGAUUGUGAGUGGAGUGACUUCGAUUAUAAACGUCGAGAACGGGACGAAAAAGUGAGGAGGGAACACUUUCGUUCGAUUAUCCUGAUGACGAACGGUGUAUGCUGAACAUCUGAUAAAUUUGCAAGAUACUUUAAAGAGAUUAGAUAUUUAUAAAAGAUAUACGUAGGAUAUAGUUUUUAUAACAUUUCUAGAAAUUUGAUAUCAUUGAGCGGAGAAGAAUCAAGUAGAGUAUCUGAAAUACGGAUAAUAUAUAAUAUUUUACUGACAAAUUUAUAAAAAUAUAUAAUAUGGGCAAAGAGAAAAUAUUUUUGAGCUUGGACCACCGUUCAGCCUCUUGUUGCUUGGAUCACAAAGAAAAAUGGAAAACGAAUCAAUGAACAAACAAUAGUUCGAUGAUUUAAAUAAAGUGAUAAAUGGAUAAAUUUAAAAAGAAUAAAAUGAGGAUAGAUUCUAUUUUUGCUCAUAUAUUAUAUUAGCUGAUGGUUACCCGGAGCUUCGCCCGGGCGUCUUUUUUUUAAACGAUUUUAUUUGUAUUAUUAGAUUUGUGUUCUAGCUAAUCUUAUUCACCAAUGUAUGAUUUAUAAACACAUAUUUUCAAUAGCUUUCAACGUCAUCCAUGAGGUACCUACUAUUAUUAACGCGUUUUUUUAGUGGUAUCUCCAGUAUUUUAAAUUCUUUAAAAGAGUCGUACUUAAUAAUUUUUCCUGUUCAGAUUU